AUGUCGCAAGAGACAAACGACCCACAAGCCGCCGCUAAUAACGGUACUGCGGGUGCCUCGAGGGCCUCCGCAGCCAGAGACUACGCAUCGUCCUUUCCCGAGGACACAUCCCGGCGGAAAUCAUCUACGAAGAGAUGCGUUACAUGCAAGGCGAGAAGAGUCAAGUGCGACGAAACGAAACCCGCUUGCAACCAAUGUGCCCGCCGUAGAAUGAGCUGUGGAGGUUAUCGGAAAGAUAUCAGAUUCCGCCCUGUGGAAAAACCGCUGGCUGCUGCUCGUACUAAACCAGAUCGCCCAAGGAAUGUCACUAUAUCGCUUGGUAAAGCUGCACACAGUACCUCCCACGCUAGAAAUGACCAUGUUCAUGACCUAGAGUUUUCGAAUCCCGGCAAUGACGACCUUGUUUUGUCCAGUGUUGAGGAUUCAUCGACUCUUGCUACCACCGACGCCUGGCCUGGUGCGGCUGAAUUUGAUCUUUCAAUGCCAGAUAUCGGAUUGGAGUUGCCCUGGCAUAUCCUUCCACAUCCGCAUUUUGAUGUUUCCGGUGUGAAUGAUGGAUCGAUCGCUUUCGAUCAAGGAGUCGGAUUCGACGACAACGGGAUGGGGCCCACUCCCCUCAAUCUCGACCUGAGUAACUUUCUGCUCACGUGUUCGCCGUCUCCCACGCUCGAAUACGAUGCAUCUGGUCUUCCAUUCGGUCCUCAUUCGCAAGAGGAAACAGACAGUAUUGAAAGGGUUGCUUCGCUCUUUCACCAGCAGACUUGUCAACUCCUCUCCAUAUAUGAGGAGCCUAGUAAAAACCCCUGGAGCACUCUCAUAUGGCCCAUGGUCAAAGAUUCAAAGGCUCUUUUCCACGCUGUAGCAGCUAUGACGUGUUUACAGUUGAGCCACUCGGAACCCGCCAUGCGUGACCGAGGACUCGUACAUAUUCAGAAGAGCACGCAAGCUCUCGAGCUUGAGCUCAACAGUGGUUCCAUGCAGAUGGAAGCCGCACUCGCCGCAACCAUUGCUCUCGGGUUUGCAGAGACCUGGGACCACAAGAAAUCCUCCAAGGGGCGUGACCACAUUAAAGGCGCGAGAAUCCUCCUCCAACAGUCUCUCUCGAACCACAUGUCGUCCCCACAUAACGGCAUUUCGACCGAACAAUCUGCACGCCUCCAUUUCCUCGCAAACACCUGGAUCUACAUGGACGUCAUCGCACGAUUAACCUCCGACUGUGGUACCCCCUUGAACUCAGAAGUGCUCUCGUUGUUCGGACAGUACGAGCCCCACCCCGGAACCAACGAGCUCGACUCACUCAUGGGGUACGCCUCCACCCUCUUCCCCCUCAUCGGGCGCGUAGGCGAUCUCGUCACCCAGAUCCGCAACCGCUGUAGCACCCGCAACAACUCCCCUGCCAUCAUCUCCCGAGCCAUCGACCUCCGUAGAGAAAUUGAAAACUGGACCCUUGCCAUCUCCCUCGAGCACAUCGACAACCCCACCUCCAACAUGUCCGACGCCAUCCAAACCGCAGAAGCCUACCGCUGGUGCACCCUCCUCUAUCUCCAGCAAGCAGUUCCUGAACUCCCGAAUCUAUCUUCCGUCGGCGAACUAGGCCGCAAGACGCUGGUAUAUAUCGCUACUGUCCCGUCCUCCUCGCACACUGCCAUCGUGCACACAUACCCGCUCAUGGUAGCGGGGUCCGAAGCCGUGGAGGAAGAUGACCGCGAGUUUGUGAGAGAACGCUGGCAAUCGCUGUCAAAGCGGAUGAGGACUGGCAUCGUAGAUCGGUGUCUAGAGAUCACAGAGGAAGUCUGGCAUAGACGCGAUGCGUUUAUCGGAGACCCGCAUUCGCAACUCCUCACUAACAGUAACAACACGAAUAUCAACAGUAACGGCAACAAUGGAAACAUCGGAAAUGGGAAUGGAAAUGCACACAGACAUGCAAGUAGUCCUACACCCACUACAAACGCUAGAAACUCGCCCGACCAUCCCCACCACCACCACCAUCAUCAUCAUCGUAUCGACUCAGCGCUCAACGACCACCUCCCCACAUCACUCUGCGAUAUCGACCCCACGCAACCCCGAACCGAGAAGGAAACAACGCCCUGGGCCAACGGCAGUGCUAGUAUCGCACCAAGACGGUCUUCCUCGAUAACAGCGCCGACAACGACAGCAGCAGCGGGGCGCUGCGAAUUCCCCAUCUCCGCGGCGUUCAAGAAGGGCGUCGAUUGUAUGACGAGGAGUGGGAGUCUGGAGUAUACUGUUCGAGGGAGGUUGCAUUUUCUGGGCGUCAUGGAGGAUUGGGGGUGGGAAGGUAAGUUUCUUCUUCUCUUUUUCCUGUUUUCUACCAUUUCUCCUUUUCUGUUCGUUCAUGUUGAUGUAGAAUUGUUCGAGUUUUGA